AUGCAUUUGCAAAAGCGUACAGUAAAUUGUAAUACUUUUAAUGAUUCCGAUAAAAAAACAUCGACGUCAAAAGAACAAAAACCUCAUAAAUAUUGGCUUCAAUUUAUGAACGAAAGAGCCAUAGAUCGAGCUUAUAUACCAACAACUCAUGAACAUGCAGCAAAUUGUUUAACACAUGGUUGUCUAAUUAUCCCAUCGUUCAUUGCUGCUCGACAGUUAAUAUAUCAUGCGAAGACACCAGCACAACAUUGGAGUAGUCUUAUCUAUGGAAAUGCACUUAUUUUUCUUUUUUCAUCGUCGACUAUUUUUCAUUGUUCGUGUUUUCAUCCAACAUACAGAGAUUCAACGUUGAAACAUUUCUUACAUCGAGUUGAUCGAGCGAUUAUUUACAUUUUUAUUUGUGCUAGCUAUACACCAUGGCUUCUGCUUCGUCCAACUCCCAUAAUAUCAACGAUUUUUAGCGUAGUACUUGUUUGGACAAUGGGUAUGCUCGGUAUUACAUAUCAGAUUUUAUAUCAUGAAAAGUAUAAAUGGCUUGAAAUAUGUUUUUAUGUUAUUGUUGGUGUUUUGCCUGCUGUUGUUAUUAUUGACAUGACAGAUCAUACCGGUAUCUUUGAAUUGGCUAUUGGUGGUUUAGUUUUUCUAUGUGGCAUUUUUUUCUUCAAAUGUGAUGGUAUCAUACCAUUUGCACAUGCUAUUUGGCAUUGCUUUGUAUUUUUUGGUGCUGCUAUUCAUUACUAUGCAAUUUAUACUUAUCUUCUCGUACCACCAUUGUCUCAGGAUCAAAUUUAUUCUAGGAUGUAA